GCAGGCGGCCUGGCCCCCGCCUCCCCGCGGCGGAGGACGCCGCUCUAGCCGCGCCGCGCGAUGGAGGCGGUGCGGCUGUGGGGCCGGGCCCUCGUGCGGGGCGCCGCGCCCGUGGGUCUCGGCCUCCUGCUCUGGUUCGCCGUGGGCACAGGCGAGCAGCGACGGCAGGACACGCUCAAGGCCCUGCCUGAGGGGAGCCCGCAGGUCCUGGCGCAGCGGCGGCUCCACAACGAGCUGGUGAUGGCGGCGCUGCGGGAGGCGGCGGAGACGGACGAGAACGUGGCGCGGCGGCCGGUGCCCUGGAGGAAGUGAGGGUGAUGCCGGGCGCCCCAAGACCGGCCCACAAUAAACUCACUGGCUCCCGCGGA